GGUGCACGACUUGAACGGAAUUGGAAUAUUUGAAAAAUGUCAGUUGGGUGUUUUUCUUUUCGCUUGUCGUCAGCUGUUGUUAGAAGAGGAGUUUCGUUAUAAUCUUUGUAAAACUUCGUUUAGGACAGCAUAAACAAGAUGGAAGAAGAACACACAGACAGAAAACAACAGCUCGCCAUGCUUUAUCAAAAGCUCAACAACAUAAAAAAGUGCCUCAGCGAAGAUGACACAGACAAAAUUAACCAGGUCAUCGGCUCAAACUCGCCGGAAUCGUGCCUCUCGUAUCUGACGGACCUGGAGAAGAAAGGGGAUCCUCAGCUGGAUUGGGACCACCUCACCAGGCUCAUGGAUUUUUAUACCAGGGUGUUCUCCAAUAUGCCACUGGGCAAGAAUAGUCACAAUGAAAGCUAUGCCAGGAUGCUGGUCAGAUUUGCAGAGCUGAGCGCACUACAGAAUGUCAACGAGGCAGAGGCCAACUUCAACGUGGCAAGAGCUCACAGUCAGAACUUUGCAUUUGUCCACAUUGCACACGCACAGUUUGAACACUCCAAAGGCAACACAAAAAGAGCCAUUCACAUACUGCAGGAUGCUAUCGAGUUGGACGCCAAGCCAAAAGAGCUGCUGGUGGCCGCGCUGCAGAGCAUGCGGACUGGAAAAACGGGCAUCUGUUUGGAGGAUAAGGAGAAUUUACCAUUUUUAUUGAAAGAGGAUGUGCAAGAUUCUGUCAAAAAAAAGUCAGAAGUCUAUAAAGCAAACAGAGUUUCUGAUGGAACCGGCGAGUUGCAUCUUUCCAGUGUGUUCAAUGUGGGGGCAGAGCCACUGUCCGUGUGUUCAGACGAUCCGUUUUCUGGCUGGCGAACAGGAUCCCAUCGGAAAAGAGCAGUUGGCUUGGCAGGAAGAGUACCCAUGCUACCAUGUUCAGUUCCAAAAAAUGACAGUGAUGAUGGUGCCCAUGGGAAAGUCUUCAAAUCAAGCAGUGCAUCCAUUACCAGAAGUUUGUCUAGACAAACAUUUGGUUCAAACAGAAGUUCAGCAAUUGAAAUGUCUUCCUUGAAGGAAAGUGUUGAAGGCAGAGACAUUUCCAGAGAUCAGCCACCGCUUCUCAGUCCGGAUCAGAGCCAGUGGGAGGACCAGGUGGACUCAACCACAAAUCUCCUUCACACACGUGAUGCUAGAGAAUCCUCCAAAAUAGAAGACGUGACUUUCAGAUUUGAACAGAUUCUCAAUUCCAAUUCCCCUGAUUCGUGUUGGACGUACCUGAUGAGCCUGGAGAAAUGGGGAAACCCUCACACAGACAUCAGCUUUCUCAAUAAGCUGAAGGACUGCUACUCAAAGGUCUUUACCAGGCUGCCAAUCAGACAGUACAGCAAAAACACCAGCUAUGCCAGGAUACUUGUCAGAUAUGCAGAACUGAGGGGGAUUGAAGAUCCCGAUGAGGCACGCGACCACUUCAUAGUUGCGAGGUCCAACUGCAAAGGCUUUGCUUUCGUCCACAUUGCAUAUGCCCAGUUUGAGAUUUCUCAAGGUAACGGGCUUAAAGCAACUUCAAUUUUGCACAAAGCUCAGGCACUGAAUGCCGAGCCAGCCCAUCUCCUGGAGAUGGCCAUGCGCAACCUGAAAGCUGGAGAAAAACAACUAGUGCCCCCGAUGGAAGAGGACCCACCCACAGCAGGCGAUACAGGAAGGAGGCCUUCGUUUGGUGGAAACCAGCAAAUGAUGCGUGCUGCUCGGGUCCCUGUCAACCACUUGGUGAAACAACCUGCACUUGCCAACAAGGAGCUCAAAUCAGAGUCGAGGAUCCCGAGUCUGGUCACCCGGCUUGCUUCUCCAGAGGAUAAGCAGGUCACACCUCCUGAUCCCAGACCUGUUCCUCGUCUGGUGGAGCGUUUCCCCACUCCUUCCAUCCAGGGUGCAUCCAGUCUGCACCCACAGACGGUCUCCCAGACGCCUCAUGGCUACAGGGACCCAAAUGCAAACACCUUCAUCACUCCGGUUGUAAAGCAGCGCCCUGAGGUGCCGUCCUCUGCAGUAACGGCUCAUGGAGCUAAAGCCACUCAGCAGCCGUGCACGCCUCUGAGCCACACGGCGGGUUUCCAGACUCCACAGGCCUCCUUCAGUUCUUUUUCAAACGAGUCUAUCACAAUAAAGGGGAAGCAGUUCUUCAUCCUCAAGAUGAUUGGCCGAGGUGGCUCCAGCAAGGUCUACCAAGUCCUUGAUCACAAAAAGCAGCUGUUUGCUGUGAAACACGUGGAUCUGGAGGAAGCUGAUGCUCAGACAAUAGAAAGUUACAAAAAUGAAAUUGAGCACCUGAACCACUUGCAGCAGUACAGCGACCUAAUUAUAAAGCUCUAUGACUAUGAAAUAACCAACAGCUACAUCUACAUGCUGAUGGAGUGCGGGAACUUGGAUCUGAACACCUGGUUGCGAAACCGCAAAACCGUCAACCCGCUUGAGAGGAAGUUCUACUGGAAGAACAUGCUGGAGGCGGUCCAUACCAUCCACAAACAUGGUAUUGUUCACAGUGACUUGAAGCCGGCCAAUUUUGUCAUAGUCAACGCUUCGCUGAAGCUGAUCGACUUCGGCAUCGCAAACAGAAUCCAGCCUGACGUAACAAGCAUUAUGAAAGAUUCCCAAGUUGGAACGCUGAACUAUAUGCCCCCUGAAGCCAUCAAGGAUACUUCAUCUCAACCAGGAAAAGCGCGUUCGAAGAUCAGCCCAAAAGGAGACGUGUGGUCCCUUGGAUGCAUCCUCUACUGCAUGACUUAUGGGAAAACUCCAUUCCAGAGCAUCACAAACCAAAUCACCAAGCUGCACGCCAUCAUCGAUCCCUCUCACAAGAUCGAGUUUCCUGAGAUCCAAGAGAAGGAUUUGCUGGAUGUUUUGAAGAGGUGCUUGGUACGAAAUCCGAGAGAAAGAAUCUCUAUUGCAGAAUUGCUGGAGCAUCGGUACCUCCAGCUGAAGCCUCCAUCAUCUCCUGAACCAGAGCAUCCCUCGAACAGCGACCUUAAGAGAAUCCUAACAGACCUGGCUGCCCUCCAGUCUCCGAACACCAUCGUCCGAGUAGCUAAUAAUUUGGCAAGAAUGUGCAGCAGCGGCAGGAAGCUGGAUGUCACAGAAUGUGCAAAGUCCUCGUCCGAACACUCCUGAACCAUUUCCUGUUCUCGUCUACUUCCUCUUGUUUUAUUCCGACCCUUUUAUGACCACUAUAUAAUUAUUUUGCUGUACAAUGUCUAAACUAACCAGUUAGUAUUGUUCAUCUCACUUAUUUUAGCAAAAUAACUGUAAGGAUGUUGAGAAGAAUAAACACAAUUCCCAAUUA